CCGGCGUUCCGGCUCGCGCAGCUCGGGCCGUCCGGGCUACCAGUGCCGUGUCGGACGUCGGAGUUAUUGCACGUCGCGCCCGUACCGAAUCUUCCGCACUUUUACACGUUCGCGUGUAGUGACUGCCAUGUUCAGUGUGUGUUACAGUGAUGCUAUUUGAAAUUGGUAAAUACCAUGACUGCAAGAGCUCUCCGUCCAGUGUAACGUGAAGUGCAGUGCCGGGAAACCAAUAAAAGAUGCAGGACGUGACUGUGCACUUGUAAAUUGUCCGUGAUGUGAAAAACAUGAAAUUUUCGCCUUUGUUAUAAGUGUAAAACUUGAUGAUGUGGAUAAAGUUUAGGUAACGGAACAUUAGAUUUGAGUGUAUUACUUAGUAAAGGUGCAGUAGAAUGCGAGUUUCGUGCGAGUAAGGGUAGUUUGAGGAUGUGGAGCCGGAGCGUGUGACAGCACGCGCCGGGUGAGCGUCGAAUGCGGCGUGGCAGUGUAUACAGCGUCAGCGAGGGAGUGGAGCGGUGUGCCUGUGCCAGGUAGCGAGUGCGCGGGCGCGGGUGCGGGUGCAGCCAUGGCCGGCUGAUGGAGGCGGGCUGGUGGUCGCCGUCGCCGUCGGCCUCGCCGCCGCCGCCACCCCGCGCCCCGCCGCCGCGCUGCCGAUGCCGACACCCGCUUUCCACCAGCUACACCUGCCUGCCGCACUACGGUGAGACAAAUGGCUGGGCGACAGGCGUGGAGGGCGAGGAGGAGUCGACGGUGGGCGCGCUGCGCGAGCGGGAGCUGCGCUCGCUGCACCGCACCGUGCCCGCGCUGCGCCGGCGCGAGCUCGACACGCGCGCCAUCAAGCACCACUUCUACCCGGAGGGGGGUUGGGGAUGGAUCGUAUGCGGCGCCGCAUUCCUGGCGCACCUCCUAUCCACGGGGCUGCAGCUAGCGUACGGCGCGCUGCACGUUUACGCCCUCAAACAUCUCGGCCCCAACGCCGACCACGCCGUAUGGGCGGGAGCAAUAUGCGUGGGAGUAUCCCGCGCCGCAGGCGCGAUGGUGGCGGGACGUCGGCGUUCGCCACGGCUAGCCGCACUGCUGGGCGGGCUGCUGCUGCCGCUGGCCUGCUUGUUCACCUCUUUCGCGACGCAGUUGCACCAGACUAUGCUUAGCUACGGAGUGGUACUCGGGAUUGGAUGCGGACUGGUGAGGGAGGCAGCCGGCUUAGUACUCGGGGCGUACUUCCGACGGCGUCGGCAGUUCGUGGAGCUAGUGGCACAUGCCGGCGGCGGCGUCGGCAUCGCACUUUUCAGCGUCGCGUAUAAGGAGGCUGUGGGGAAACUUGGUUGGCGGCUCGGCCUGCAAGCGAUUACUGGCAUACUGGUGCUAGCGUUUUUUCUUAGUGCUGUAUACCGAAGUGCAUCUCUAUACCACCCACAACGCCGAGCUAUUUUACAUUUGAAAAACCAAAGACGAAAGGUAAAAGAAAAGAAAGGCAUGCGGAGGUCGGCGCCGCUGAUCGAUCUAAGCCCUCUUAACUCCCGGCCGGCUAAAGUUUUGUUGUUGGCGGCCGGAGUGGCCGCGUUCGGACUUUACACUCCAGUAUUUUUUUUGGCCCUGCAAGGUUUCCAUGAGGGUUUGGAGGAGAGUGCACUAGUACUGCUGCAGACGUUUCUGGGUUUCGCCGCUGUGCUGGGCUGCGCCGGCUUCGGGCUCGUGCUGGUGCGUCCGUCGGCACAGUGCCUCGUCUCCAAGCAGUACUUGUGCCAAACUGCUAUGCUGGGAAUAGGCAUAUCAAUGCUCGCUCUAAGCAGCGUCGAGGGCUACCACGGAUACGUGUUGUUCGCCUGGAUGUACGGAUUGUGUUUGGGUGGUUAUCUCUACUCUAUGAAAAUGCUUACAAUGGAGCGCGUUAGGGGACGUCACUUCGCUAAAGUUUGGGGUUUCGUCCAAGGUGCAGAAGCUCUUCCUGUGAUAGUCGGUGUGCCGGUGACGGGCUACAUCAACCAGCAGGCGCCGCGGGCCGGCUUCUACUUCUCGACGGCGGCCACCCUCGCCGGCGCCCUGCUGCUAUUCUUCGUGGGCUUCUCCAAGCGCGAGCCGGAGCCGCCGCCACCGGCGCCCGCGCCGACCGUGUCGGAGGCGUGCCCGUGCGUGACGUCGCCGCGCUGCGAGCCGGCGUGGUGCGCGUGCGGCGCGGGCGGCGCCACGGCCUACUGCGCCUGGCCCGGCCCGUCGUGCAGCGCGCGCCUGCCCAAGUCCCUCUCCUACGCCGCACCUCUAGACCGUGUUUGCUGUUCGGCCGCCGCCUAUCCCGAGUGCUGCCGCCUCGCGCCGCCGCUGCGGCCCUCGCGCAGCGUCCCGGAAGGCCUCGCCCGCCGCGGGAGCACCUGGAGCCGCGGCGGCUCCUAUCGCGCCUGUCGCUGUCGCAGGCGGGAGCACCAUCUCAUAGAGCAGAUCACUACGUCGGUAUGACCGUUCGCUCAUUGAGUGAAUGCUCGUGAAUACGAUUAGUGAGAACUUGUAAAUAUUUAUUCUUUGUAGCUAAGUCAAGCUGAUAGCGGUGAUAAAGCAAUAACGGGAUUGAUUAUAAUGUUGGAAGCAGUGCGAUUAUUAAACUUAUUUGUCGACUUUUAUGUAUUAAGUUCAACAAUGCGCAGAGGAGUAGCUUUUCAUUCCUGAUUCAAAUGAAAAAAAUGAAACAUUAACAACUUAAACUUUUGAUCAUUCUUACGCUAUACAAAAUAUUUAUAAAAUUAUUAAAAUACCUUUUACUGAGUAUUUCUUGGAGUACUUGUGGGACCUCUAUUGUUAUGUAGCUCAUACGGAAAUAAUGUAAUGAAUACUCAUGUUUCAUCGAAUUUUAAUAUUUAAUCUAUGAUAUACUACUAUCACUCGAUAUUUCGACCCUAUUUCUUUCCUGUCCCGUGUCCAUGGCUAGGUAGCGCGGAUAGAUACAGGUAAAUUAGCCAGAGUUUCAAUCAAAUUUCUCACCUUUAUUAAGUAAGUAAUAACUUGAGUUCCUUAACGAUUGUGAACACAAAAAUACAUUAUGACUGUUUUUAACCUCUACAACAGCUGCUGCAGAUAUUUCAGUGCAAUUUCAAGUUUACGCUCUUGCACUUUUCGAUAAGUUCAGUAAAUGUUAUUUUGCUUCAAUGCGUCCAACAAGCAAUAUUUUGUUAUGGUACCUACUCUAGUAUGAUCUAUGAUAGACGAUGCGAUAUAGUCGAUACACAUGUCACGGUCCUAUAUCUAUAACUAUAUCUAUAUCCUUAUUAGAAAUGGCAGUUUUAACGCUUGCUGAUUUACCUCUAGGAGUAAGCAAACGGAUAUAUCAAUAGAACGUAUAACGGGAAACGUGAACAAAGUCAAUUUUAGCAAUUUGUGAAAUAAAAUUUUAGACCCGCGGCUCGAAAUAAUGUGUUCUAGAAUAUGUUUUAGAUAUUUUUUUUCGUUAUUAUUAAUUAAAUAUUUUAUUGUUCGUUAAUCGUAAAAUGUAUUGAUCGUUUAUAAUUUGUGCUGUUACGAGGAUUGUUAUGUUUUUGUACCAAAGCGUGUUUUACAAUUUUGGUGGUGAGUAGAAAAGAUAUUAAAGAAAUUAGCAAAAUU